GAUUGUGUUUGAUAUUAUUUGUAUUCUGAGUUUACUGCUGCAUAUGCUAUAUAUGUGUGUUCUGCAUUCUUGCAAUAAAAUUCUCUCCUAAAUAAAACACAAAAGUUAAGCCUACAGUUACAGAACAAAAACAAACUCAUAACAAGAUUCUUUCUUGGUAUAGGAGGGAUCAAAUUUUCUGACAUUAAGUAUUGCCGUAGCAAUCAUAUGAUUAGGAAAUAUGAUCCAGCCCUGAGUAUUAGAUCAAUACGUUGCAAUAUUAAGACUUAAAUACUGUGUCUUUGCUCCCAUAGGAGGUUUAAACAUUCACUAAUUUAAGCCUUAAUAUUGGCAUAUAACAAUCAUUAAAAAUCACAUUCGGAGGAAUCUGCAUAUUCUUUUGCCACUAUAGGUUUUGUAAUAUGCCUAAAUAUUCCUAAACAUUGGUUUUUACUGUUUGGUUGUAUGAUUCUGUGGUAUCAAGGAAAUCCUUUUGCUAUAAUAAGUAAGGUUUUGAUACUGUAUUUAUGGGGGCUCUUCAUUAAUAUUAUGCCUGCAUACUAAAGGAACUCUUAAUGUUUAUUUCAGCCAUGAAUUUCGCCUUAAGCCUCAACCAGAUUGAAACCCUUAAUGGUUCAAAUUUUAAGAAGUGGAAGCAAGAUGUAGAGCUUCAACUAGGACUAGCUGAUUUCGACCAUGUUUUGAAAGAAGAUCCGCCUGUAGAAUUAACCCCACAGUGCUCUAAAGAAGUUAGAGAUAAAUAUAACCAAUGGCACAGACAUAAUAGAUUGUCUCUAGUCAUUAUGAAGAAAUCGAUUUCUGAAGCUGUUAGAGGGGGUAUUGGAGAUACUGAAUAUGCUCGGGAAUAUAUGAAAAAUAUAGAGGAUAAGUUUAAGCUUUUAGAAAAGGCUGAGACUGGAAAUCUCAUGGGUUCCCUUGUAAAUUCGAAGUUUGAUGGGAUAGGAAGCAUAAGAGAGUAUAUUAUGAAGUGCAUAGAUAUUUCUGCUAAGCUUAAAGAUCUCAAUACACCCAUUGCUGAGGAUAUGCUAGUGUAUUUGGUGUUGAAUUCCCUGCCUGAACAGUAUAGUCAGAUUUAUAAUAACUACAUCACUCAGAAGGAAAAGUGGACGUUGAAUGAGCUUAUCUCUAUUUGUGUGCAAGCUGAGUCCAAGAUUAAGAAGGGGAAGAGUGUAGCUACUGCUGUGAAUCUAGUACCUAAGCCUCAAUUCAAAAAGAAAUUUACCUACAGACCUAAUGGAGCUUCUACCUCAAACUCUAGUUCAGCCUCUACCUCUAAGGCACCUCAGGGAUCUAACAACAACCAAAAAAAUUUCAAAGCUGGUGGAGUAAAAUGCUUUUUCUGCCGUAAGCCUGGACAUGUCAAAAAGGAUUGCAAAGGUUUUAAAGACUGGUUAAAUAAAAGAGGGUUUAAUAAAAAAGAGGAUCCCAAACAAGGAUGAAGCUAGGAUUUGCUCGGGGAAUGGGAACAAAGUUGCAGUCAAAGCUAUAGGAGUUGUUAGGCUAGUUUUUUCAUCUGGUUUUGUCUUAGAAUUAGAUAAUGUCUUUUGCAUUCCCUCCAUGUUGAGGAAUUUAGUUUCUGGUUCUCUUUUUGUAGCCAACUCUGGUUUUUCUUUUAGUGGAAGCAAUAAAAGUUUGGAUUUCUUUCAAUUCUCUGAGUUUAUUGCCAGUGCAUCACUUAUUGAUGGUUAUUGGCAUUUAAAUUGUAAAACUUCUUCAGAAAUAUUUUUCACUGAUAAAACAAUAGGUGUUAAAAGACCUAGGUUUAAUGAAAAAUCAGCUUUUUUUGUGGCAUAAAAGAUUAGGACAUGUUUCUAAAGAAAGGAUAAAACUGCUAGUUAAGGAUGGAAUUUUGCCUGCACUGAACUUUGAUGACUUUAAUGACUGCAUUGACUGCAUAAAGGGAAAAAUGACUAAUGUAAGGAAGAAAGGGUCAACUAGGAGUCAUGAACUUUUGGAAAUCAUACAUACUGACAUCUGCGGUCCUUUUCCCUGUCAAACAAUCUGUGGAAAUAAAUUUUUCAUCACCUUGAUUGAUGAUUUUUCAAGGUUUUGCUACAUUUUUCUUAUCUCUGAAAAAUCUCAGUCUUUGGAAACUUUUAAAAUUUUUAAGGCAGAGGCAGAAAAGCAACUCAAUAAGUCCAUUAAGGUUGUUAGAUCAGAUAGGGGAGGUGAAUAUUUUGGUAGAUACACUGAGUCAGGACAGCAUAAGGGCCCUUUUGCUUUAUAUCUUGAAGAAUGUGGAAUUAGAGCACAAUAUACUACCCCUGGAACCCCCGAACAGAAUGGUGUCGCUGAAAGAAGGAAUAGAACCUUAAUAAAUAUGGUUAGAUGCAUGAUUUCCAGGUCUGGUUUACCGAAGUUUUUGUGGGGAGAAGCUUUAAAGACAGCAAACUAUAUUUGUAACAGGACACCAAGCAAAGCAGUGGAUAAAACCCUUUUUGAAUUGUGGUAUCAGAAGAAACCAAGUUUAAAUCAUCUGCAUGUAUGGGGAUGUAGAGCAGAGGCCAGAAUAUAUAAUCCUCAAGACCAAAAACUUGAUCCGAAGACUAUAAGUGUGUAUUUUAUUGG